CAAACGCACAACACAAGGAGAAACUUGGUGUCCAGGGGAGGCCCCCGGCGGCUGGAGCGCGGCGGCAGCGGGCGCAGAGGCCGGAGGGAGAGGAGGCGAGGGGCGGCCUGAGCGCGGGGCGGGAGCGAGGCCAGCGGUCAUGUGCCCGUGCCCCCUGCACCGCGGCCGCGGCCCCCCGGCCGUUUGCGCCUGCAGCGCGGGUCGCCUGGGGCUGCGCUCGUCCGCCGCGCAGCUCACCGCCGCCCGGCUCAAGGCGCUCGGCGACGAGCUGCACCAGCGCACCAUGUGGCGGCGCCGCGCGCGGAGCCGGAGGGCGCCGGCGCCCAGCGCGCUCCCCACCUACUGGCCCUGGCUGUGCGCGGCCGCGCAGGUGGCGGCGCUGGCGGCCUGGCUGCUCGGCAGGCGGAACUUGUAGGAACGCGGGGCUUCUUGAUGGGGCCGGAGCCGAGACCCAGCCGGAGCGAGCAACAGUUGGAGAAGCCAGGGGCUCCCGCGACUGAAUGGGGCCAGGCUGAGGCUGCCCAAUCCCGGGAACUGGAAGAACACUUCGGAUGAUCUCGGGGAGCAGAAAAAGGAAGUUGAGCGACAGACGCGAAGCCCAAAGAGUGGAAUUUGGGAAGAGGCAGAAAAAAAGUGGGUGAAGAGGGAGAGAAAAACCAGGCGACUAGGUGGGGAGGGACAAGAAGUUUGGGGAGGGUGGAGAAAAAGAGAAACUGCCUGGAGAACAAGUUGCAAGACAAUUGAAAAGUGAAUUAGAAGGCAAGAGAGGAAGGGAGUAAAAUCAAAUAGAAACGGGGAGAGGGCUAGGACACGGUUUUCUUUAGUUCUGUCGUCCAGGAGAUUGGAAAAGCGCUCCCCUACUGGGACCUGGCGUGCGAGAUGUCAGGUGCCCCUCCCGGGAGGCGGAGGACUCCAGGCCGGAGCCUGUCUGAGUGUUCCCGUUUGCCAGUGUGUGAGUGUCAGGGGUGUGAACCCGCCCGGGUCCCGAAAGAGGAGUCUGCGGGAGGGGCGGGCAGAAUGCGCCGCUCUGCGCUGGAGCGCAGGGGAGGAGUUGGGGGACUGGGGCCUGCGCUGCAGGGGAAGGCGGCGGCGAGGGGUUUCGCUGUUUUGCAGCGAUGUCGAGGGGCAGCACCAGGUAAUUGUCGCUGCGGAGUUUAUCUCCCCCGCCUCCCUCGGCUUCUACCUCAGAGUUACUUCCGAGCUGCGCCCUGACUCUGAGACACCGUCUUCCCACACCUGUGGGUUCUUCUACCUGCCGUGUCCCGCCCGCGCGUCCCCAGCAGCCACAACCUCCAGGGUUCUGCAGGCUCUGGUGCCCUGACCUCAGGAUGCCCCGCACGGCUUCCCUCCAGCGCCGCCCCUCAUACCGUCGGGACACCCGUAGAAUUGCUCACCGCCCGCCUUCUGCGCUCCCAGCCCGGGUUCCCCGUGCUGGAGCUCCCUUCACUGGCCGGGAACAGGUUCUCUCCCUGCAGCCUACAUCUGAUCUCAGAAUACCAGCGGCUCCGGCCUUUCUCAUGCUUUUAGCUCAAUUUGAGGAAACCCAUUUUUUCCCAGCUCUGGUCAAUUAAGUAGAAGGGACAGAAAAGUCACUGGAGGAAGACAAUUUGUUGCGUUCUAUACCGGAUAUGGAGUGCUCUCCACUUUCCCUACCCUAAUGGAGAAAGGGGAAUGUUCACAGCUGUACCUUAGGUGUUUGAGGGAGGCCUGUGCCAGCCGUAUAGGGUGGGAACCACCACUUUCAAUUCUCAUAGGUUUCAAGGGUGUGCUCAGCUAUAUGCAGGAUCAAUAUUUCCAACACACAGGCCAGGCAGGGUGGCUCACACCUGUAAUCCCAGCACUUUGGGAGGCCGAGGCAG